AUGCUGAAAUUCUUUCUCCGCCGCUCCACAACUGAAAACAAGGCAAAGACCGAACAAGCCGUCAGGCGCUCCCGCCAGACCUUCUUCGGACAGAUGACGGGCCUAUUCCGCCGCCAAAACAUCGACGACGCCCUCUGGGACGAACUCGAAGAGCUGCUCAUCUCCGCAGACGUCGGCGUGGCAACCACCUUCAAGCUGAUUGAGCGUCUGCGCGACCAAAUCCGCGACCGCCGCGUCUCAGACCCGCAGGACGCCCUCGCCCUGCUCAAAGAAGAGAUGCUCUACCUCGUUGACUUCAAGGACACCAACCAGGCGCUCGAAGUCGAUGAAAAGCCCCUAGUGAUCCUCAUGGUCGGCAUCAACGGCGUCGGCAAGACCACCAGCAUCGCCAAGCUGACCAAGCUCUAUCAGGAAGAGGGCAAGAGCGUGCUCAUUGGCGCAGCCGACACAUUCCGCGCCGCCGCCAUCGACCAGAUUCAGGGCGCAGACCCCAGCGCAGUCGCAUUCGACACGCUGCAAGCCGCCCGCGCCCGCAACGUCGAUGUCGUCAUCAUCGACACAGCAGGCCGACUGCACACCAAGUUCAACCUCAUGGAAGAGUUGAAGAAAAUGCAGCGCGUCCUCUCGCGUCAAGGCGUCGACUCCCAGCGCGUCCUGCUCACCAUCGACGCCACAACCGGCCAGAACGGCCUGUUUCAGGCGCGCGCCUUCACCGAGGCAGUCGAUUGCGAAGGCGUCCUGCUGGCCAAGGUGGACAGCUCAUCAAAGGGCGGCGUAGUCUUCGCCAUCGCCGACGAACUCGACCUCCCCGUCCUCUUCAUCGGCACCGGCGAACAACCCGACGACCUCGCCCCCUUCGACCCGGAAUCCUUCGUCGAAAGCCUCUUCGCCGACCCCGAUCAAUAA